AUGGAAGCAGCUUACUUACCUAUAACCACCGGCAACCCCGGGAAGGAAAGGGAAUUGAGAUCUUCUACCUUAACCUUAGUACACCGCACACGAAUAUCGAUAAUACAAGAAAGCACAUCACAAGCUCAAUCAGAGAGCGAUUAUUUUCAUAGUAGUUCGAAUCCUUUAGCUACUAAUCUAGCUUUGUAUCUCUCUAUCGAGCCAUCCGCUUUAUGCUUGAUCUUGUUCGAGCUUUCUCCCCGCUUCCAACCACCAUUAGAGGAAUUCUCUUUCCUUGACCGAUACGUAGGCAGGGAUUGUAAUCUCAAAUCUCUUUCUCAUCUAGUAACGGGAGCUCCGCAUAGCUCUUUCUUUAUAGACGUCGUCACUCCUGUCCUAUUGCUUCCCCGGCUUGGUUUUGGUGGUCAUAUCUCCGGCCCCUAUUGUAGUACAUCCGAUCUAACUUAUUUGACUUGCAUCUUUGAGUCGAAAGUCAAGUCCGAUCGGUCGAGCAGCUUUCAUGGGAACUAG